UUCUAAUCUUAUUAAUGAUAUCCUUACUUUUCUUCCUGGAUUUUUCUUGCUGAAAACAAAAAGAAAAAUGUUAAAAUCGAAUUUUUGUGCGAACCAUUUAAAGAUGUUGAUUAGACCAUUUUUAAGCAGGACCACAUUAUUACAGAAUAAUGGCACAGAUUUUGUUUAUCAGCAAACACGGAAUGGUUUUAUAUUGAAAAGAAAAUUUAAACCACCACUUCUUAAAAAGUCUGAAAAAUACAGAAUACUUAGGCCUAAAUAUUUUGUCUACCAUUUUGUAGAACAUACUGAAAGUCAGAAACAGAAACCAAUCAAAUUGAUAUUAACAUCUGAUGUACAUAAGAUUGGUGCAAAGGGAGAAGUUGUUUUGGUGUCUCCUGAAAAAGCUUAUAAUAAUGUCAUUCUACCUAAAUUAGGAGUAUAUGCAACUCAAGAAAACAUUGACAAAUAUAUUACAAAAAGCAUUGAUGAAGGACCUAAACUUUCUCUAAUAACAAAACAAACAAUAAAUAUUUUAUCACAUAUGAAUUUAUCUGUAUCAUUAUCACAAGAAGUUCCAUGGACUGUAGAAAAAUGGCAUUUAAAAGUAAGUUUCCAUAAGGCAGGAGUUUAUGUACCCGAAGAAGCAAUAACUUUACCAGAAAAAACUAUAUCUGGACCUGAUUUAUCUCUUGAAGGAAAGCAAUUUUACGUCAUUGUAACAAUUAAUAAUAGCGAAAAAGUAAAAGUUAGGUGUAGGAUUCAUCAUUAUAAUGUAUUUGUACAAGAUUUUUGGAAGUAUUUGUUGGAGCCAAUUUUCCCAGAAGAUAAACCAAUAUUAGAUUCUUUGCCCAUACCUCGUAAUAUACAAAAUUUAGAAUAAAAUGUAUCAACUAAUUAUAUAUUUAAUUGUUAAUAAAUUUAUAAUGCAGAAUAA